AUGUCAUUCCCUUUGCUGUUUCUAUUUGUUGUUUGUGGUUGUAACAUUGGUAUUUGCAGAACCUUCCACAAGAGGAAAGUUUCUUCACAACAGGGAAACAGAGUUUCUCAAACCCAACGCUUGACCGCAACCUUGUUGCUCGUGUCUACUACUUGUCUAGUGUCAUGGCUUCCUCUAGUGACUGCAAACUACAUAUUUUAUGUUCAAAACAUUACUACACCUAAAAGGUGUUUGAUUUAUGAUAUCAUAAAUAUUCUCAACUAUUCAAACUGUUUUCUAAACUCAGUUGUGUACUCAUUAAGAACACUUGAGUUCCGACAAGCACUAGUUUUAUGCCUCACAAGACGUCGAACGGUAAUAAACAAAGAGGCACCGGAGGCAAUAGAUAACCGAGGGUUUUCUUUGACACCA